GCUCCGCGCCCGCCGUCGGUGCCGGUGAAGGCGGCGGUGCCCGUGCAGCUGGCUCCCGCCGCCCCCCUCAGCCCGGCCCCACGUCCCCAUGGCCGGGCAGGAGUGGGACUGGUUCCAGCGCGAGGAGCUCAUCGGGCACAUCAGCGACAUCCGAGUGCAGAACCUCCAAGUGGAACGGGAAAAUGUACAGAAGAGGACCUUUACCAGAUGGAUAAACCUACAUUUGGGAAAGUGCAAGCCUCCUCUAAAGGUGAAAGACUUGUUUGUUGAUAUACAAGAUGGCAAAAUCUUGAUGGCACUACUGGAAGUCCUGUCAGGACAAAAGCUGAUGCAUGAAUACAAAUCUUCAAGCCAUCGCAUUUUUCGUUUGAACAACAUAGCCAAAGCACUGAAGUUCUUGGAGGACAGUAAUGUGAGUCUUUCCAAAGGUCUUAAUAUUUUCUCUCCAUGUAUAUUGCACAUUGUAUUGGGAUUGUAAUUAGUCUGUUGUGCUGCAUGUAUGUAAGAGGAAUGUACCACUAAAAGGCACUAUGACUUACCUCAGCAGCAAGGCUGAAAAGCAAAUAAAAAUGCACAGUAAAAACACCUACAGAGUCUAAAACAAGGAUUAUUUCUUCAUUUUAUAAUGUAAAUGUUCAACAGGAUUAAAGGAUCAGGAACCCAAUAUUAAAAGAAAUGCAAGUAAUUCUUAUGAACUGGGUCUUAGUGGCAUUACUUCAGUUCCGCUUUCUUUUGUCAGUAAUACUUACAGUAUUACAAAUCAUGUAUUUAUCUGGCAAACUCCUGCAGCAGCUGAUCAUGAGUCAAAGGCAGGAGAAAAAGAAAUCUGGGAACAUGACACAGAAGUAUAAUUCCAGGAAUCAAAGCCUUAUAAGGGUAUAACUUCCCUUGUAGUCAGUGUGGUACUACUGCAACAUCACUUUCUAUUGUAAGUGACCAAGCAAGAUGAGAGCCUGUAGCUUGAAAUUAUUCAUUCCUUUUUUUUUUGUUUGUUUUUUUUGUUUUAUUUCUCCCAUUAGUGCUUUAUUGCAAAGCCCUAUGGACGUGGCUUGUGUUUUGAAAAAUUACUGCUCUUGAAAAAUGUGAGAAGUAAUGGGGUCAAGAGAAAUCCCAGCCAUGUAACAACUCAUAUACAUGGUAUACCUAGAUCUUUCAGAAAGAGAAAACAAUUAUUAGACUAUGUCUUAUAAAGGACUGCAGUAGGGUUUAAACUUUACGAGUGAGGAAAGAUCCAAUGUGUGCUUAUGGGCAAAACCCUGCCUUGCAUGGAAUGCCACAACAGCAACUGAUGUCACUUUGUGGCUUCCCUACAAUGAGUUUAGCUCUUGCUCCGGAGACUGUGCAGCUGUGCUAGUCAUGAAGGAGAGUCACUGAGAACCCAGUGUGGGAAUAAGCAUGAUGUGAGGUCUUAGUGGACCUCUUGCAACCUCGUGGAUGUGUGAGGUUUAACCUCCUUUGCCUUUUUCCCCAGGAGAGGAUGUGAAAGGUCAAGAAGUUGUCCAGUAACUUCCAGUUGUUCCAGUCUCCUUUGGGAAACUCCACCAGUAGGGGCUGAUCUGGCCCUAAAUGUGUACGUCUAUGUGUCCUGCUAUAGAAUUGCUAAGAAAUAUUUCGCAUGUUCACAUAUUUCUUAACAGUUUCCCAGUUGAUGCUUUCUACCCAAAUCCAGCUCAGUCCCACUGGCAGAUGACAUUUUUCUCUCUUGGUUGAUAUCAAAACAUUGCAGAGCUGCAGCUGGAGCAUGUCUGGUUGCCAGGAACUCACUACAGGACAACCUAGAACCUCGAUGAGCAAGGCCAGGCAGGAGGAGCCUUAGACACCUACUAAAACACCUAUUUUUCUAUGGAUUUCUUGUUUCCUUAAGAGUUCGCAUUCAGUAUCUUGUAGCCAGGCACCUCUACUGGGCUGGGUGACAAACAGCAGCAGCAGUAAGAGGAGAGAGCUGACGCUGAGAGCAGUCUAAUGGUAAAGCUUGUUAGCAUCGAUGCAGCAGAAAUAGCAGAUGGAAAUUCCUCUUUGGUUCUUGGACUAAUAUGGAAUAUAAUCUUGUUUUUUCAGAUUAAGGAGCUGACAGGCAACCUCAACAGGAACUCCUCCUCCUCCAGCCUGUCCUCUGGGCCCAGUGGUCCGGAGUCAGACACAUCUCACCCCAGCACUCCUAGUGUGGAGAGGAACAUGUCCAUUACAGUGAAGGAUCAGCGGAAAGCCAUCAGAGCCCUUUUAAUCUGGGUUCAGAGGAAAACCAGGAAGUACGGUGUUGCAGUUCAGGACUUUACCAGCAGUUGGAGGAGUGGCCUUGCUUUCUUAGCUAUCAUAAAAGCAAUAGACUGUACUUUGGUAGACAUGAAGCAAGCACUGGAGAAAUCAGCUCGAGAAAACCUGGAGGAUGCUUUCAGCAUAGCACAAAACAAGUUGGGUGUUCCUCGGCUCCUAGAACCAGAAGAUAUCAUGGUGGAAUCACCCGAUGAACAGUCAAUUGUGACGUAUGUGGCGCAAUUUCUGGAACACUUCCCAGAGCUGGAAGCGGAAGAAUUUACAGACCCUGACAAGGAGCUUCCAAUUGAGUCCACAUAUGUCCACAUCAAAGACACACCGUCAGAGAAAGAAAGCAAAAUCUUGAUUUUAAGCGAAAGUGAAGAAAACAUGUAUACUGUUAAUCAUGAAAGGAGUCAUCCUGCUCCUCCAAAGGUUCAUAUUCAUGAUGCCCCUGAGAAAAUCCCAUCAGAAACCGUUCCUGAAAAAUGUAAUGGGAAAUUGAAUCACAUGUCAGGUGAUUCACAGGAAACAUUUGAAGAGGAGCCUCAGAGGCCUACCUCACUGAAAAUUGAAGGAUCUGUCAGUUUUGAAUCCAGUUCCUCUUGGGAGGUUCUUAGUGACAAAUUCACGCCAGGUGAAGGGGGCAUAUCUGAUGAUCCACUGAAACAGAAUGAUGACCUUUCUCCAGCUGUUCUGACAGAUCAGAAAAAUUCUGUUGACUCUUUUGAAGACUACUCUGAAGAAUUAACUAAAGAAACAUCUACUGAAUAUGACAAUGAAACUAAGAGCCUUUCAGCCAAUACUUCUUCUUUGAGUCCAUUAUCCUGGACUUCAGGUAUACUUACAGAUGAAUCUAUAAAUAAAGUAGAAGAAAGCAAACCUCAGACUUCAGUUCUUUUACCAAAAGAUACCUCAAAACAAGAAGAUACACGUAAGUAUGUUCUUCAUCUUCUGAAUGAGGAAAUACUGAAUAUUCCACAGAAUGAACAUACAGAGCAAUCACUUGCCUUUGAGACGAUAGAAACUAACCAUUGCUCACUGAAUGGUUCUGAUCUCAAAAGCCAAGAACUAUCUACACAGCAUGAAACAUCUGAUGACUCUCUCUCAGAUGUACCUAAAAGUCCAGAGGACCUGGACAGCUGUGAUGAAGUUGAGUCUUCAGCUGAAGUGCUGCCAAGUUCUUCGAAAGUAUCUGUAAUACCCCAUGAUCUCUUUUAUUAUCCACAUUAUAAUGUUCCCAUAUCAGCAGUUUUGAAUGCUUACCUUGAGCCUUGUAUUGAAGAUUAUGAUACUGGAAAUGACAAAGCUUCUUCUGAAACAGUAAUGGAUGUUUUACAUGAGGAGGGCUUACCAGAACAGGACCACAAGGAAGAUGCUCCAGAGCCAGACUUAGGGAAUAAGCCAGACUUAGGGAAUAAGCCAGAUGUCCCUCUAUCCGAAACAGAUAGAGAGAAUGAUGAGGAGGAAACAACAGACAUUAACAGUCACAUGAAUUCUUCCAGUGAAAAAGAAGUGCCAUUACUAGUAGAAGAAGAGUUAGAAAUUGAAGAAGAUGGCAAAAAGGUCAGCAACCGUCAAGAUUCCACUAUUCCACAACAUCCUGAGGACAUAGUAGAACAUGUAGAGGAUUUAUCAAUAGACAUAAAGACACCAGAAAAAAGUAGUAAUGGGGAGGAAGAAGGGGAAAACAUGAUAGAAGAAGACCUGCAGAUCUCAGAAGCCGCCACUACUACUCUGUCACAAGAUAAACUGGAAGAAAUUGCUGGUUGUCAGGAAUUGACCAGAAUCAGUGACAGUGAUUCCAACAUUUAUCUCCGAAAAAGAUCUCCCAAUACUUCUGAGGAGGAAACCUAUGGUGUAAACGAGCAGAAGAUGAGAGAUACGGGUGAAGAUCCAUUAAUCAUCAGGAAGAAAAAGGACUUGGAAGCAAGUGAGACUCCAGCACCAACUCAUGAAAUUACAAUUGUUGAGCAGCCAGAGCUAUUCUACUUCAUCAUUUUCUUCUGGGUGCUGGCCUACUGCCUUUUACUCCUUCCACAGCUUCUUAGCAACAAAGUUUGAUCUCUAUGAUGUGUAGAGAAGUAACGGAUGGUGGCUGGAUUGCUUUGCGUAUCUGCAUAUGAAUAUGUUCCUUCAGGUGAAGCACAAACAGAAAUGUAGGACCUGGUAUUUGUGUUUAUUAUCAGGUUGUCCUCAAUUCCUCUACUGUUGUGCUAUGACAGUGUCUCAGCACAUUUUAUAUUAUGAUAAUUGUGUAAAUAUAUAUAAAAAUUACCUGAUUUAGUAGACGCAAUUUUGUACAUUUGUGCCUUGCUUUAUAAGAUGCUAAAUAAAACCAGGUAAUUAUCAGUAGAAAUAUAAGCAAUUCAGAGCUCUAGUCUUCAAAAAUGAUUCUUCUGGCUUCAUUUGCUUAUAUAGGGCCUGACAGCUGUGGAAGAGGGGUGGUGUUGACUUGCCCAUGAAUCAGCCCACCUGCAUAGAAAUGUUUUUUCAUGUUUUACAUGGAAUUCUUUGAGAAAGCAAGAGGCAGAGCAGAGCUGCAGGUGGUGGAACACACCCCAAGAAUUGAUUACAAUUCCAAUGACAAUCCAGUGGAGCGACAAAAUCAGGUUAAGGGUUUUAUUUGGGUAGGGGAGUUUGGGUUUUUAGGAUUUAAAUUAAUUUUUACCCUGAUCCUUCUGUAAUGUGUAAUUUGCAGGAAUAAGUUGGGUGUAGAGAAGUGUGAAGAACAUACAUGCUAGCUGCUUCUUAGGAGGGAUCAUAUGGGAAAUCUUUGCCCAGAAACUUCUGUAGAGAAUACCUGAAGAAAUAUGUUUUGUAUGUUACUGAUGGUGGCCAUCUUUGGAAGGAUGUUCAAGAAGCUUAAUAAUUUUAUCAGGAACAGAUAACAUGGGGUUUGGUUGGGUUUUUUUGUUGGUUGGGGGGGGUGUUUGUUUUGGGUUCUUUUUUAUUUAAGUAACUCACUUCUUCUGAGGCUGCUUCUACUUCCUUUUCUCUGCUGCUUUUAUUUACCAGAUAUGUGAAGAUUUCUCUUUUUUUAAGAUACAAAAAAUAAUAGGUAACCUAAUUUGCUGAGGCUACUGUUAAGGCACAAGUGCAUGGUAAAAGGAUUAGAAAUAUCCUUUAAGUGCCCAAGUCAAUAGAGAAAAAAACCCCGACAUACGUAAAACUAAAUACAGAGAGAUGUUGACAGCUGGUAUUGACUUUCUAAUGCAAUUGAAUAGACUCCUGUGGCUUGUCCAUAGACACCGUUGAGCCAGUUCUGCAUCUUGUGAUUUUUGUCCACAUCAAUAAUCACUGUAGGAUAUUUGAUUUAGUAUUUUUGCCAGAGAAGGCAUACCCAUGAAUUACAGGAUAAAAGGGAAGUUUUCAAAUUCAGUUUAAUAGCAGUAACUUUUCUCUGUGUGACUUGCAGCGAGGUCACUGUUUUGCAUCAGCACAUUUUUAGUUUCAUAGUGUGCUUUAUGAGACUACAUCAUGUUGCUGCUUCCACCUGAAAAUUCAUUAGGUUGACUGCAAUGUGCUUCAUAAAACAAGGGGUUUCAUAAUUUACACUGUGAGAAAGUUAGAACACAUGAGUAGGCGUUUUACAUAUUUUGUUUUAGCAUAAGGUGUAUCUCUGCCCUGGCUUAGUUUUCAGCUAAUAGUACCUGGGAUUAGGACACAUCAGACUAUAUAGCAAUUUAUUUGCAGGUAUUUAAAAUCUGUUUGUAGUUACCUGCUGGGGUAAUCCUAACUGUCCAUCACACUUCGUUGUUCUUUAUAAGCUUUUUGUUUCCCUGGGAUUUUUCUUCCAAGUUAGAAUUCAAUAGCAGCAGUGCAUGGCAGGAGAUCUUGAACACUGAAGAUAAAAUUCCAAUCCUCUUUAGUCAACAGAAAACAGAUCUUUCCUAUUUUGUCCUGUCACUGUUGACUAGAGAUAAAAAUAAGAUUUUUUGUGCUUGGUGAGGGAGAUCCAAACUUCCCAACUUAAUUCAGUGUAAAUCAACAUAAGUAAAAAAACCAGCCUUUCAUUUUGCUGAUGAAAAUGUUCACUAUUUUGAAUCAUCUGAUUUUGUAAUGCAUGAACCUGCUUGUGCUUGUUGAUGAAGACAGUGGUACUUUCUUCCAAAAGAAAACCUUUUUAGAAUUUUUCAAGAUGCUUUCUUGAAGUAGGCUAAAAUAUAACAUUGAAGGGCUAGUGCUUUUUCUCUGAAAGAAUAAAACCUAAUACAAGAAACUUUAUAUCCUUAUCCUGAAAACCAGUGAACACCAGGCUGAGGUAUGGCAGCUAUUUAAUAGCAGCAAGUAGCAACGUACAUUAGUUUGGAGCAAAAGCAUUGACAGCUCUUCAUUAUUUGCCACUCUUCAAAGGCUCGUUUCUUCUAUGUCAACUUUUCUGAGCCUUUGUUCUUCUUUCUGAGCCUCUCUGGUUCUUCCAUGUUUCUUAGUCUUCAGCAGAGAUUAUCUGGGGUUAGAUAACAGACUCUUCGUAGAGCUUUACAGCUAUCAAAGUUCAAUCAAGUAAGCUCCCUUCUGUCUUCUUCCUCCUAUGAAAAUGAAUCAGAAUGAGGUGGUCUUUGGCUGUCUCAUCUGAACAACUGACAUCCAUAAAGAAUGGAAAAGUGAAUGGGAAUGCACUGAUGCUGGCAAUUUCAUUACACAGUAUUUUCUUCCAAGAGGGAGAAACACCACCGUUUUCUUUCUUACCUCCCACUGAUGAACAGUGACUGAAACAGCGAAAUGAGCAGUUUAAAUGUCAAACAGCAUCCAGCAAUUCUCUUGAUCAUCAUCUCUCCCAGUGCUUAAACUCACAUACAUUUUCCAGCCUAUCCCAUUAAGAAAUGGAGAUUGUUUCUUCCAUACAAAAUAGAUGAUAAAAUACUAAAUUGGUCCACAAUUUGGACUGAAAGUUGCUUUCCAUAUUUGGGGUUGGUUGUUUAUGUUUUUGCUAUAACAGAGGCAGUGAGCCUUACUCAGCUGUCCCAUGGGUAAAAAUAUCCAGGAUAAAGAGUUAAAAUGUAUUAUACUGGUAUGGUCAGCUGUGCGUAAGAAGAGACUGUACUCUUCAGGAGUUUUGCCAUUACUUGGCACUGCCAGAAAUGGCAUCUGCAUAAACAGCAGCUUCCCCCACUUACAUUGACUUGUAAGCCUGCAUCUCUUCCACAGUGCAAGAUCCAAGCCCUCAGUGCAAGUGCCCUAUUCUGAAAACAUUGCUUGUUGUUGAACUUCAUGUCCUGUUAUGAGCUUACAGUCUAAAAGCCUGAUUGUGAAGCAUUCACUAUGGCAAAGCCUAUUUUAACUUGCUGGCUAGAGGGCUGGCUUGAAGUAGUGGAGGUUUUAAAGGCUGGUGGAUGAUCCAUCAUCUAUCCAUUUUCCAUAAGAUAUGUCUGAAUAAGAAGUUUUUCCUGAAUUUUUGCCUGGGUUUUUGAAAAAUGCUAAACUUGAACUGACUGCAUUUGGUAUUUUGAUUUAGCAUCAAAUUCAGAUACACAAGGGUACUGAUCUGUUAAGACUGUUUCUAAAAUCCAUUGUUGUUGAGGAAAUGUGUGAGUAGCAGAGUAUUGUGAAGUGUAAGUGUCAGGAAGUGCUUGAGGAUCACUGGAUAAAGGAUUGUGUUCACAGAAGUGCCAUUAAAGACUGAGAAGGAACUAUGGUGGAUGGUUCAAUGUUAUUGUAGUCAUGUAACUUAACUGCAAAAUGUUUUAUUGUGAUUUUAUUGGAACUGCAAGGAAAAUGUGCUAUUGAAGACAGAACCCUGCUAAAAAUUUAUGCGACAGAUGUCUUAGAGUUGAAGAAAUUAGUUAAACAGUCACAUAAUUUACAAAAAAUUGAACACAGCCUUUGCCAAAUUGUAGGAAAUGAUCAGUGCGAAGAUAGGGCAAGCACAGAGUACAGUAAAAAAUGACAAUCACUUUUCAAUGCCAUGAAUAUUUUUGAUGGUUGAGCUCUAAAAUGUAUUUUUAUUGAGUUUCUAGAUUGUAAUGAAUGUGUCUACAGAAUUUUAUGCAAAGCUUGAGAGUUCAGCUGUUUAAAAAUGAUUUUUUUAUAUAGCAGUGAUUAUUUUAUCUAUAUAUUUAAUAGAACUGUAAAACCAUUUUAAGAGUACCUGUAAAAUUCUAUGUAUGUGAUAUGAUUAUUUAUUAAUUACAACUCGUGAGAAUGAACAUUAAGCUAUGUAUCGGUUGUGUCAUCCAUUUGAAAACUGGAACUGCAAACUGGAGAAGAGUUUGUAAUGAACAGUAGACUUCAAAAAUGUGGGAAAUGAUUGAAUACGAUUGUGUGAUUCUUAAAGCUGCAUAGCAAUAUGUUAUUUUGUGAUGUUAAACUUUCAGCUACAGUUGCAAAGUAUACUGAGUGAUUAAGCUACUUUCUUCCAUUAAAACUUCCUGAGGCUGAAAUUUCUA